GUAAGCUAUGAACAAGGAAGAUUACCCCAGUGACAGCGAUGCUAGUGAUGCAGAUUUCCGUCCGGACGAAGAGGAGCCCGAUACCGGAAGUGAACUAGAAUCGAACGACGAAGAACCGGAAGAACCGAGCGCAGAUAAAUCCACGACACGAAAAGGUAGUAAGAAACGUAAGCAAAAAUCCAACACGGUCAGUAGAAAGCGUGUCAAGGGUGUGGAUAAGCUGGACGCAAAAGCGUCACAGUCCGAUGAGGAGAAGGACAAAGAGGAGCUGGAUGAAGAAGAGGAAAAACGAAGAACGGAUGCAUUGUGGGCUGAUUUUCUAGGAGGUGGUAGUAGCAGUAAUAGUUCCCCCCAAAAAGGAAAGACCACUACUACAAAGGUCGCAGAGGUGAAAAAGUCAGUUCCGGAAGUAAAAUCCACACCCUCGGCGAAAGCAGCACCUGAGAACAAACGGCCAACAGUGGCACAGUUGUUUGAAUUUGCUGGUGAACAAAUUGUCCUGACGGAAGACAAUAAUGGUAAGGUUAAUGAAGCUUCAUCCGCCGUGCUGAAGCCAUCGAUACCGAAAACUGUGACACCGCGUGCAAGUGGUGGUUUAGGGUCAGUAUUAAGUCAAAUCAGUAAGAAAACUCAGCUAAGCACGUUGGAAAAAACGAAGCUCGAUUGGAAUAGCUUCAAAAGGUCGCAAGGUAUCGAGGAAGAGCUGCAGACACACAACAAGGGAAAGGAUGGUUUUCUCGAGCGGCGUGAUUUUCUGGAACGGACCGAUUACCGCCAGUUCGAGAUUGAGAAAACGUUACGACAGACAAAGCGAAGCAACCGAUAAUGCAAUUGCCGCAUGUUGUGGUGUGGUA